CACUCGUGGGUUUGUCACACAGCUCAGGAAAUGAGGUGACCAUCGGGGCGAAAAAGGAAGGGGGAUGGAUGAGGGACGAUUAGGCAAUUGCUGCGCAAACAAAGGAGGUCAAAGAUCGCGCCCGGCUGGCCUCGUGCAGGGAUAUAGGGGCGCGCGGCCAGGCCCGCAGCGCAGAAGCGGUCGCUGUCUUCUCGCCGCUCCCGGCCGGCCGCACAGGGAAGGAUGAGGUUCGCCGUGGGCGCCCUGCUGGCCUGCGCCGCCCUGGGGCUCUGUCUGGCUGUCCCUGAGAAAACUGUGCGAUGGUGUGCUGUGUUAGAUCAUGAGGCCAGCAAAUGUGCCAGUUUCCGUGACGUUAUGAAGAAAGUCCUUCCCCCAGAAGGUCCCCGUGUCGUUUGUGUGAAGAAAAACUCUCACCUUGACUGCAUCAAGAGCAUUGCGGCCAAUGAAGCAGAUGCUGUUACAGUGGAUGCCGGUUUGGUGCAUGAGGCAGGCCUGGCUCCCAAAAACCUGAAGCCAGUAGUGGCAGAAUUCUAUGGCUCACAAGAGAAUCCACAGACCUUCUACUAUGCUGUGGCCGUGGUGAAGAAGGGCACCGACUUCCAGCUGAACCAGCUCCAAGGCAAGAAGUCCUGCCACACAGGCCUUGGCAGGUCUGCUGGGUGGGUCAUCCCCAUCGGCUCGAUCUUUUGUGACUUACCUGAGCCUCGGAAGCCUCUUGAGAAAGCAGUGGCCAGUUUCUUCUCGGGCAGCUGUGUCCCCUGUGCUGAUGCGGCAGCCUUCCCUCAACUGUGUCAGCUAUGUCCAGGUUGUGGCUGCUCCUCCAUUCAACCACACUUUGGCUACGCAGGCGCCUUCAAGUGUCUGAAGGACGGUGGUGGGGAUGUCGCUUUCAUCAAGCACUUAACCAUAUUUGAGGCCCUGCCUGACAAGGCUGAGAGGGACCAGUAUGAGCUUCUCUGCCCCGACAACACCCGGAAGUCAGUGGAUGAGUAUGCGCAGUGCCAUCUGGCCAAGGUCCCUUCUCACGCUGUUGUGGCUCGGAGUGUGGACGGCAAGGAGGACUUGAUCUGGGAGCUCCUCAAUCAGGCCCAGGAACACUUUGGCGUAGACAAAUCGAAAGAAUUCCAGCUGUUCAGCUCUCCUCAUGGGAAGGACCUGCUAUUUAAGGACUCUACGCAAGGAUUUCUAAGGAUCCCCCCCAGGAUGGACUAUAGGCUAUAUCUGGGCUACCAGUACGUCACUGCUGUUCGGAAUCUACGGGAAGGCAUAUGCCCACAAAGCUCACAGGAAGAAUCCAAGACACUGAAGUGGUGUGCUCUGAGCCACCACGAGAGGCUCAAGUGUGAUGAGUGGAGUGUUAACAGUGAAGGGAAAAUAGAGUGUGAAUCAGCAGAGACCACGGAGGACUGCAUUGCCAAGAUCAUGAGUGGGGAAGCAGAUGCCAUGAGCUUGGAUGGUGGAUUUGUCUACAUAGCCAGCCAGUGUGGUCUGGUGCCGGUUAUGGCAGAAAACUACCAUGAAAGCGCUGAGUGUAAAGAAGCACCUGAAAAAGGGUAUUUUGCUGUGGCAGUGGUAAAGAAAUCAGCUCCUGCUAUCAACUGGGAUAACUUGGAGGGCAAGAUGUCUUGCCAUACUGCAGUCGACAGGACUGCUGGCUGGAACAUCCCCAUGGGUCUGUUGUACAACAGAAUUAAGCACUGCGAAUUCGAUACAUUUUUCAGUCAAGGUUGUGCUCCCGGGUCUCCAAGAAAUUCCAGUCUUUGUGAGCUCUGUGCUGGCCCAACUGUGUGUGCUCCUAACAACAAAGAGGCAUAUUAUGGCUACUCGGGAGCUUUCAGAUGUCUGGUGGAGAGAGGAGAUGUGGCCUUUGUGAAGCACCUGACGGUCCCAGAGAACACUGGUGGAAACAACCCUGCUGCGUGGGCUAACAAUCUUCGCGCAGAAGACUUUGAGCUGCUGUGCCUUGAUGGUACCAGGCAGCCUGUGGAAGAGUAUAAGAAGUGUCACCUGGCUCAAGUCCCAAAUCAUGCUGUGGUCACCCGGAAAGAUAAGGCAGAAUUCGUUCGCAGUGUGUUAGGUGAACAACAGAUUCUGUUUGGAAGUCACGUAUCUGACUGCACAAGCAAGUUCUGUUUGUUCAAAUCUCAAACCAAGGACCUCCUGUUCAGGGAUGAUACAAAAUGUUUGAUCAGAAUUGAGGAUAAUGUCACACCUGAGAAGUACUUAGGAGAGGAGUACAUCAAUGCUGUCCGUAAUCUGAGAAAAUGCUCCACCUCACGACUCCUGGAAGCCUGCACUUUCCACAGACUUUAAAAUCUAAGAGAUGGAGCUGCCACUGCAAAGGAGAUGGGAGUUCAGGUGACCUCCAGGCUUCUCCCAGCCUUGUUGCCCUGAGGAGUUUGUGCCAACACUGUCUUCAAACUCUGUGUUGGCAAAUGCAUAGGACACACAAUAAAAAUUACUGUUGAAUUUUA